CCGGCGGGGACCCCCGCUCCGGCCGGGCCAUGGCCCGCUGGCGGCUCUGCCUGGCCGGGCUCCUGCUGCUCCAGGGCUGCGGGCUGGGCUGCCCCUCGGAGCUGGCGUUCCGGCUGGAGCCGGCGGACGUGAUUGCGGUGCGGGAGCGGCCCCUGGUGCUGCACUGCUGGGUGGAGGGGGAGCCGCCCAUCACCAUCACCUGGCACAAGGACGGGGCCGUGCUGGCCAACGGCUCGCUGCGCAUCGAGAGCUUCUGCCGCCGGCCCGGGGCCAGCGCCGCCAACCCGCCCAGCGUCGGGGAGUACAGCUGCGCCGCCCAGAACCGCCACGGGCUGCUGGUCAGCCGCAAAGCCCGCGUGCAGCUCGCCACCCUGUCCACGUUCCACAUGCACCCGGCGUCCAUGGCGGUGGAGGAAGGCGGCGUCGCCCGGUCCCGAGGCCACCAUCACCUGGGAGCGGAACCGCACGGCCCUGCCGGCUGGCGACCACCGCCUCCAGCCUCUGCCCCCACCUCCCCGUUAGCGCCCCCCACGGCCCAGAGCGCCCCCCAGGGAGCAGCAUGCUGCCCCCCAGCUCGGGCUGGGAGGGGGGCCGUGGGGCCCGGGCAGCAGCUGGGCGUUCAGCUGCGGGAGCCGGAGCGCAGGGCCUGGGCGUCGCUCCUGACUGUGUUAAAAUUAAAAAUAAAAUGGAGACCGAAGCCUGGCAGCACGUGGUGUCCUUGGGGGUGA